AUGAUUGUAGUUCUUGCAAACUCUGAUCUGACAUUCGCUGAUGGCUGGCAAACGUCGGGCUCACACUUAUACCCAUCCAAUGUAUCACUAAUGCCAAUGCCUAUUGACUCUCAAGAUAUUCAGUCGUCCCUCUAUUAUGACAACAAUUCAAGCAUUACUACUCUUAAUGGAGAUAACCGUUCCCUCGAACACAGCAGUGGUUAUGAAUUGCCCAAUACUUACAACCCGUCCAGUCUUGUCGUUCCGUCGGGUAUCGGAGCGGCACUGAUAUCCUCGAUGGCAACGCUAACUAAUGGCAGUGAACCUCUUCCCGAGAUGGGCUGCACUUCAGCUAUUUAUGGGUCUGAUAUGAAUGAUUUGGUGUUUGUGAACAACGCUUCCACUCAACUCUCAAAUCACAACAAUUCUGAGUACUUAUUGACGGACUUAUUAUCUGAGGAAGACUUACAUAUGAUUGAGAUGACGGCCGCUAAUAAUCAAUCGCUAUCACACUAUCACAUGCCGUCUCAUCAUUAUAUUCCUCAUCACCACAACCAGACUGUUAUCACUAACGCUACCGAAGAUAUUAUGGAUGCCAGCAGUGAUUCAGCCGUCUCUUCCAUGAGCUCCGAUAGGAUUCACUCGCUUUCGGAUAAUGAAUGGAUUGACUCGUGUUCAGAGACCUCUUCACACAACGGCGACCCAAACCAUAGCGAAUACAGCACUAGAAUGGCAUCAAAUGGCUAUCGUUUGUGUCAUACAAAUAGCGCUCAAAAGAAGUAUAAAUUAUUCGGUCGAAGGAAUGAAUGCAAAGAAGAGAGCUAUGAAUGCGUUCAGAGCUCGAGAACUGAGGACCCAAAUCAACUCCAAACCAAUGGCUCAUAUUCUGAUGGCUAUACUAAUGGCAUGUCUGACAACUAUUGUUACACAGAUUUGUCGCCACAAACGGCACAAAAUCACAAUUCGUUAAUGAAUGGGCCGUCGGUUUCGUCGGUCUCUCACAACCAUACGUAUCACAUGCAGAGCGUACACAACCCGGAGCUCAGUGGCAGUGGUGUUCCCUCCACCGCCACAAUGGAUGCCUUGUCUGCCAUUCACGAGCAGUGGGCCAACACAAAGAGCUGUUCCACCAGAAGUACUCGCAAAUACAGUUCUGACGGCUCUGAGAAUCUGACUGAAGAACAACAGCUCAAUAGAGACGAAAAACGUGCCAAAGCUCUGAGAAUUCCGAUCGCAACACACGAUAUAAUAAAUCUGCCGAUCGAUGAGUUCAACGAAAGAUUAGCUAAAUAUGAGUUAAAUGAGGCACAGCUCUCACUCAUCAGAGAUAUUCGCAGACGAGGUAAGAACAAAGUGGCGGCACAGAACUGUCGGAAGCGAAAAUUGGAUCAAAUACUGGGUCUUCAGCACGAAGUGGACGGUAUGUUCUCACAGAAGCACUCACUGGAGACACAACACGACCAGCUCUUGAUGUUGCGGGAAAUGGCGAGAGAGAAGUAUUCAAAACUAUAUCAUUUCAUUGUCGAGGCGUCAGCCAAUCAGCAAAGCGGGUACGACUCGUCCAUAUGUCCACCCGAUUAUCCCAACCGACACUAUGAAGACGAACAACAUAUGGAUGACGAGAGACACAACUCUUUGAUUGUCACAAAUUGUAGUGAUUCUGAAAUAAGGAUUAGUUCUCUGAAUGAAAUGCAAAUGAAUUUUCAAAAUGAAAAAUUUGAUAAAAAUGAUUAGAUUUUCAGUAGUUAUUAUAUUUUUAUCCCAUGUAUUAUAUAAACAGUUUAUGUGAUAUACAAAUAAAAACUAUUAAUUAUAUUA